AUGGAAAAUACGAAGCCUACAAACCAAGACUACGACUUGCAACAGUCAAUUAUCUCCACAACGGGACUACGAAGAGGGCUGACUUCAUACGGAGAUGCCCAUUUCUCGUUGUUUUUGCGCAAAGUCUUUAUCAAAGCCUUGGGUUAUUCAGAAGAUGCUCUGUCGCGCCCGAUUAUCGGAAUUAUCAAUACUGGCUCGGGCUUUAAUCCCUGUCACGGCAAUGUGCCCCAACUGAUCGAAGCUGCCAAACGAGGAAUCCAUCUUCAUGGGGGUAUCGCCAUUGACUUUCCUACGAUAAGCUUACACGAGGGUUUUUCCUACCCUACUAGCAUGUUUUUGCGGAAUCUCAUGAGCAUGGACACAGAGGAAAUGAUUCGCGCUCAGCCCGUUGACGCUUGUAUCAUGAUUGGAGGCUGCGACAAGACGGUUCCGGCUCAGAUCAUGGGAGGUAUCUCCGCAAAUAAACCUGUGUUGCCUCUUUUGACUGGGCCCAUGAUGCCUGGUAGUCACAGAGGGAAACGACUUGGAGCUUGCACCGAUUGCCGAAACAACUGGGCGUCCUACCGAGCCGGCAAAAUAGAUAUGGAAGAAAUAGGAGCUAUCAACGAAGAGCUAGCACCAACAAUAGGCACCUGCGGCGUGAUGGGUACUGCCAGUACUAUGGCUUGUAUUACGGCUGCAUUGGGUCUAAUUCCUCUACAAGGUGCUUCUGCUCCCGCUGUAUCUGCUGGAAGGCUUAGGAUUGCGGAGCAGACUGGUGCAAAUGCUGUUGCUGCCGCCAUAAACCAGCGGACCCCCCUGGACGUACUCUCAUCCGACUCAUUUUAUAACGCUGCCGUCGUGCUUCAGGCUAUUGGUGGCUCGACAAAUGCCAUGGUACAUCUCAUGGCUAUCAUCAAUCGCCACCCAGCUGUUAGUGGCUCCAUUAAUUUGGGCACAUUAGACGAGAUUGGUCGUACGACUCCCCUCUUAGUCGACUUGAAGCCCAGUGGAGACAAUUACAUGACUGAUUUCCACAAUGCCGGUGGGAUGUUAUGUCUUUUGCAUCGUUUACGGCCCUUACUCCGGGAAUCAGCAAAGACAAUAUCGGGAGAGACUCUGGGUGAAUUGCUGGAUAAAAGUCCAUUUAGAGACUUUGAAUUUUCGCGCGACAUCAUUCGAACACUCAACAACCCUCUCCAUCCCAGUUCCUCCCUGGUUGUAGUAAAGGGUAAUAUCGCACCCAACGGAGCUGUAUGCAAAGCCUCUGCGUCCAAAGACAAACGACUUCUCAAUCACAAAGGACCUGCGAUUGUCUUUGAAAACUCCCACGAACUUGCUUUGCGUCUAGACGAUCCUGAUCUAGAUGUAUCUGCGGAAUCGAUUCUAGUCCUGAAAGGCAUUGGCCCUAUCGGAAAUCCUGGUAUGCCUGAGGCGGGCAUGAUUCCCAUCCCACGGAAAUUGGCCGCUCAAGGAGUUACAGAUAUGCUUCGAAUAUCAGAUGGACGCAUGUCUGGCACAGCUGGAGGAACUAUUAUUCUCCACGUCUCACCGGAAUCUGCAAUUCCAAACUCAUCAUUCGGAGUUAUUCAGACAGGUGACACUAUAAUUUGUGAUAUUGCAAAUCGUCUGUUGCAAUUGGAUAUUAGUGAUGAAGAAUUACAACAAAGAAUAACACAGCGUCAAAAGAGAAUUGAGAAAGAACCAGACUCGAUAUGGAACGCAAGGGGUACUAGGCGAGGAUACCGCGGUCUUUAUGAGCGAGAGGUAAAUCAGGCACAUGAUGGUGCGGACUUUAGAUUCCUCACCGCAAAGGGCCCGAAUUUUUAG